AUGUCAUUGCCUUCUUGCGCAAUAUCAUGCGUGACUGCUAUUUGCGCGCAGGCAGGCAUCAUCUGCCUCUGUGGAGGUGAUGGGCUGGAGCGCACGGCAGAUACGUGCGUAAAGCACGCGUGCAGCUUGCCAGAGGCAAUUGCUUUCAGAAAUAUUACCGAAACAACCUGCCAAACACCAGUUCGAGACGAGUCCAAGAGAUUCAUCGUCAUGGUUGUCCUAGUCGUCGCCAUGGCUGGUGUAAUGCUAGUCGGGAGACUUGCAUAUAAACAGUUUUUCAGCGUCAUGGGCCGACUCGACAGUGCCGACUGGAGCAUAUUGGCAGCUACGCUCGUCUGCCUGCCUUCCAUUGCGGUCAACGUCAAUAUGGCUAUACAUGGGCUGGGCAAGGAUAUCUGGGGAAUAUCUCCCCACGACCUGAUACUGUUCGGGCUCUACUUCUACGUCAUCCAGAUUCUAUACAUUGUACUGAUGGGCCUGAUAAAGAUUUCGCUGACACUCUUUUACCUUACUUUGUUUCCUGGCCGGACUAUCCGAACGCUACUCUGGGGAACGGUUUGCUUUCACGCCGUCUUCACAUUCGUCUUCGCCAUGGUCGCCAUUUUUCAAUGCUUGCCCGUCAGCUAUCAAAGGGCAAAGUAUGAUCUGCAAGAACUGAAGCUGGCCAAUGCUCACUGCAUGGACAUCAAUGCGAGCGGCUGGUCCAAUGCUGCCAUAACGCUGGCAUCGGAUGUUUGGCUCAUCGGGAUUCCUCUCAGUCAGAUUCGGAAGCUUAGGCUCCACUGGAAGAAGAAGGUCGGCGCUACCUUGAUGUUCUUGACAGGUGCUGGUGUCACUAUUGUUUCAAUCCUGCGUCUGCAGUCGAUCCGGUUCUACGCAAACACGACAAAUCCAACUCGUGAUCAAUUCGACAUUGUGUGGUAUUCGACCAUCGAGGUUGGGGUGGGCCUCAUUUGCACUUGCAUGCCUGCUAUGCGUCUUGUACUAGACCAUGUUGCGCCACAAAUAUUCGGCAGCUCGCGUAGAGGCCGCGAUGGAAAGCAAUCAACCCAGCCGUCGAGCUCAUCCAGUCAGAACCAAUUUGCUUUCACAACCAUCGAAUCAAACACAAUCGAGACACGAGCUCAUGUAAAAGCUUGGGGAGCUCACCAAGAUACGAGACUUGAAAGACUUGAAAGAACAGUUGGAGCUUUGGUUGAUCGUCUAGAUGAGCAGUCUAGAGAUCAAGGGAAUGCGACGACGACGGUGUUGCAGUCAAGAACCGAGGAACGUCCCCCUGCGGAGCCAAACCCGGCGCCCGUCAUCUUGAUCCGUGAGGCUGCGACCGAUGCUGGCGUGUCGCCUCCGGGGCAGUUCGACUCGCUUCCAAGCAGCGUAUCCGAUGUGAUUUCGGCAGGUCUGGUCACAUCUUCCACUGCCCGCUCAUUACUGAAACUGUUUCGCGUCCACUAUGGUCGUUGGGUCCGAUUUUCUGAACAGAUCUCGACCGAAGGGCUUCUGUCUCAAGUGAGAAAGUCAUCUCUGCUACUUUGUAGUGUACUAUUAAUCGCAGUACGCCAUACGACGCAAGAACUUGCAGACGAGCUAGCCCCACGCCUCUUCCGCGAAGCAAAGAGCCUGGUCUCGAAGGCGCUGCUCGUAGUACCACAACCUGCCGAGCACUUCCAAGCCAUAUUGAUACUGAGCCUAUGGUCCACGACAAUUGGCCAACAGCCCUUGAGCAUCGACGGCUGGCUGCUCACCGGCUAUGCGCUUCAGCAAGGGUUCGCUAGCGCAUGUUUCCCUGACCCAGGCAAGCUUGGCCCGGGACAGGAAAUUGAGCAGAGUUACAUUGAUGCUUGGUGCCUCUGGAAUCACCUCUGUGUCGCGCAUCUGCAGUACUGCGUCGGUACGCGCAGACCGGCAAUGCUGAACCAGGACCAUGUGGACCGAUGCUCUCACCUUCUAGAGACGGGAAGCCUCAAAAAUUAUGAAGCGAGAAUGGUCGCUGAGGUCAAGCUCUACUGGGUCAUAUACACAAAGUGCUGUCCACAAAGCAAUCGAGUCGAUUUACAGGAUGCCAGGGUCGCUCUGCAGAAUUGGAAAAAGGAGUGGGCAAGCUUAUUUGACGAGCCUCGCUCUCAAUUCCUUCAGAUGGGCUUCCACUUUGCGCACCUUCUCGCCUACUACCAGUCAGCCCGAUCGCCACAAUCUUUGAUGGAUGCGUCGAUCAUUCUGGAAAUGAUUGAUCUCGCGAGUACCAUCAUCAACCUGGCUAUGGACACGACGGAUGACCGGACUCGCCACUUGACAGAUCACAUCUAUCAUCUCGUCACCUUUUCUGCCCUGACCCUCUGUCGACUUGUCCACAUGUAUGAGGACCAGCUGCGCAUUGCGAAUGUCGAUGUUGAUUGCCUAGAUUGCCUGGUGACGAAACUUGUCACCUGGUUCCGCUCGAUCGGCUUGCCAUGUCAUGCGGCACAUUUGCUCAGCGACAUCGUUUCAUCGCAGUUCCAAAAGUUGCGCCCGAAUUAUGUACCCGCAGACGCAGCAGCCAGCACUGCUACACAUUAUAACCUUACGGUUUUGGAUGCCUCGCCUUUGCCAUCUGAUGUGGGAUUUUACCCUGAUCUCAUUGGAUCAGAAUUGUUCGAUGUCAAUGAGGGAAUGACUUCAUGGCCACAGUGGAGUUGA